UCAAAAGUGUGAGUGUUUUGUGCACAGUGGAGCGUUCGCAGGAAGCAUGAAUGUUACUGGUGUCAGGGUUCUUGAACAGGCCCAGGAGAUUGAGGUGGAUCCAGGUAUUGUGGGAGCCUGUGUCAUCAUGGCUAUUUGCUUUGUGGUGGGAACUCCGGGGAACCUGUUAGUCGUGUGGACAAUCAUGAGGCACGUGAAGCAGCGCUCUCAUACCGUGUUGCUCAUCAUGCACCUGGCUAUUGCUGACCUGCUGGUAGUCUUCACCCUGCCUCUGUGGAUCUACUCACUGGCUUGGUCCUGGGUCUUCAGUGAGGUAGUGUGCAAGGCCAUGGUGUAUGUCAUCUAUGCCUGUAUGUAUGCCAGCAUCUUCCUGAUCACCAUCAUGAGUGUGGAGCGUUUUCUGGUUGUCAGGUACCCCUUUUCAUUGGCCACCUGGAGAAAGAAGCAGAUGUUAAAUAAGCUCUUGCUGGUUGUAUGGGUGGUGUCCUUUCUUCUCAGCAUUCCAGUAAUAAUCACUCAGGUCUUGGGGGAAGAUAAUGGACAAAAGCAGUGCCUGUACCGAGAGUAUAAAUCCAAUACACAGGAGGCUGUGCUUUUGCUCCUGGAGUCUCUGGUGGGCUUCGUGAUCCCCUUCUCCAUCUUGGUGCUCUGCUACGGCUGCCUCUACAGUCGAAUCACACAGAUGAGCUUCAGGUCCAAGCGCAAGUCUACACUGCUGAUUGCCAGCGUCGUGGUCGUAUUUGCUCUCUGCUGGAUCCCACACCACAUCACCAACCUUCUGUCCUUGGUGUACCUUGCCCUCGAGAACUCAGAAGAGGGAAAAACGAUUGAAGAUGCUGUGAAUGCUAUGCACAUGAUCUCCAGCUCACUGGUCUUUGUGAGCAGCACCAUCAACCCAGUGCUGUAUGUUUUUGCAGCACGGAGCUUUCGGACUUCACUGAAAGACACGGGUAUCCACAAGCUGUUCCGCCACCUGUCCAGCACAAUGGCGGGCGAAGGCAAUAGAGAACUGUCAUUUGUCUCCAAAAGGCAAAGCUCUCAAACCAACACUUCUCAGUGCUGCAUGGAGUCCAAAGCACAAAUAGACCUACUCGUGGACAUAUGCAGCAAUGCUGCCAAUGUGUGAAGGUACAGAGUUUGACUACUGAGUAUGAGCUAUAUCUAUAUGUUGAUGAAUUGGAUUACAAUUUUGGCAUAUGUAUAAAAAAUGGUACUGUGGAGAAUACAAAGCCUAGUCCUCGAUGAUUUUAAAACGAGAGGAAAAAAAAAGACAUUUUGUACAGGAAUAAGUUUGAGCUGGUAAAACUGUAUAUCAUAAGUAUUAGUCAUAUAGUGGGAUCCAGUGUCUGAGAGUGUUGUUGUUGUUGGUUUUUUUUCAUUUAAACUGGAAAAUAAACAAAGUUUAAGAAUUUUGAAAAGUUAAAACAAAGAAAGGAAAUGUUCAACAUCUCGAAUAUUCAAGAUUUUUAUGACACUAUUUAGGAGGAAGCAAAAUUGUGAUUUUGACCAUGUUCACUCCUUUGUACACAAAGGUCAGAUGUUCCUUGGCUCUUAUCUCCUCCAAAGCGUGUGUUCAGAUGGCAUUCUGAUGGAUUUAAUUUAACAUCAUGUUUUCCACAAAACUGUACAGUCCAUGCCGACUUCAGCCAAUGCUGUCAUUAAAGCAAAAGGGGGAAGUAUUAACUGCUCAGAAAAGCUGAAAUAUAUAUAACUAUUUCAAGGAUUUUCGUUCGAGUUGUUGCUAAUAAUUUUGUAUUCAAAAAUAGAAAUAUUUUCAUGAACUCAGAUUUUUGGAAUCUACUGUAUAUUUACACCAAGUGUCUUCGGAUUAGCAACAUUUGUUUAAAAUAUUUGCUUUCUCAUGUCUCUGGAUGUAUGCAAUGUAAUGUGUGUGUGUGUGUGUGUGUAAGUAAAAAAACCAACUUUU